AUGAGAACAAGAGAUUGUUGGAGAAAAAUAGCUCGGAAAACUGGUGAUCCUGCUGCGUGGUCUACUUACAGGGACUACAAACGGGAUGUUAAACGGAAAUUACGUCAAGCACAAAGAUCGUAUGUAGAGCAGGAAAUAAAGAAGAACCCAAAGGACACAGGCAAUAUGUGGAAAGUAAUUCGAACAUGUAUUCCCAAGAAAACUACUGGAAAGAAGUCAUUCAGUAAUGAUGAUAAAUCUGUUGCAAAUAACUUCAACGAAUUUUUUACAGCUGUCGGUUCAAACACUGUCAUGAAAAUUAAAUCACUUGCUAAAGAAAAUAAUUACACUCCCUCCCAAUUACCAUUUGUCCCAACCAGGGCACCGAGUUGGGUCAGUUUACCUUUAAACUAG